AUGAUUGCCUGGAAUAAGCGGUCAUGGUUUGAACGCGUCUGGACUAUCCAGGAGGUCGGCCUCUGUCGCGAAGCGGUGUUUCAAUGCGGUUCAAAAACCAUUACAGUUGAGCUUGUUGCAUUGGCCUGCCACGUAUUUGACUCCAGCAUCGUGCGGCUUUCUGACAACGUACCGGAACCGGAAACACUGCAGAUUUUGGCUGCCGCUCAGCAGCGAAACUCAGCACACAUCCUGGGCUCUCGCCGGCGUCGACAAAGGUUCAACCAGGGACUCGACGAAGGAGAGACCCUUCUUGCCCUCUUGAAGAAAUUUUUCACUGAGCGAACUUCUUUGGUCACAUACAUCCCGGAUCGCAUCUACGGACUUCUUGGUCUGGCCGUUGAUGCGGGACAACUGGGUAUCGUACCCGAUUACACAGAUGAUGAUCCAUGUCCUUCCUUUACAGCAGCGGCAAGGGCCAUGAUUGAGAGCGGAGGAGUCGAACUACUGUCGUAUUCCCAGUUCCCAAAAGAACGAGCUUUGGAGCGUCUGCCGUCGUGGGUCCCCGACUGGCGACCUAUGCUGCAGAAACCCUUCAAUCAUAUCCAUGACAGAGUGGAUGAUCACCAGUUUAUGGCUGGUGGUGAAACCACUGUCACUCUGGUUCCUACCGAGUCAACUUCGGUUCUAGGAAUCCGCGGCUACAUUGUCGACACAAUCGAACAAGUCACCUCGAAAUGGAACGGCGGCGAUUUCCAAGACAGGCUGAGCAACUUUCGCGACGCCCAGCAGCUCUUUGAGCUCGCAAUGACAAAAGAGGACCCGAUCUACGACGACCCUCAGCGUCGUGCCGAGGCACUGUGGCGCGUGCCGAUCGGCGACCUCUACGACGCCGACGACAUAUUUUCCUGCCGAGCGCCAUCCGCCGCCAAGUUUCAUUAUGAUCGAUGUAUCGCGUUGUUGGAAAUCGCCGUGACGGAUGAUUUCGGCGCUGAUGCCGAGGAGCAGAUGGCCAAUUAUGCGAAGCUGAGACAUUUCCAGAAACCAUACUCGACAUAUCAGAGCGCUGUGUCUGGACUCCUUGGAAUGCGGCCGUUUGUGACCCGGAGUGGGUUCCUGGGCAUGUGUGCUGGAGGUACAACAGAGGGAGACAUUGUGGUCGUUAUCUGUGGCUCAAGGAUUGCUCACAUUCUCCGGCCACUGCAGGGCGGAGAGUGCUUCUCAUUUGUGGGUGAGGCAUAUUGUGACGGCAUCAUGGACGGCGAAAUCGUGCAACGGAGGCCCGAGACGACGUUCUUGAUUGUGUGA